AUGGCUACCAAUGACGAAGUGGGAACUGGAUUAACCAGCCGGAUCGAUUCGGCCAACCCCGUGGUGAAAUCAUCAUGCGCCAUCUCAAACGACAAAGGAACCAAGGGAGAUACAUGCCAGCCGGAUCCAAACGACGCCACUCCAGUAGAGACCGUGGAGACUACUAAGCGUGCCAAGAGAGACGAAGAUACUUCUAGAGCCUAUCUCCUCAGCACCAUUCACGGCAUCAACAGAGCCCAAUACGAAGAGUGGGCCAAGAAGACGCUGCUUCGUGACAAGAAAGGCGAAAUCAUCGCUCGUGAUGAACUCGAAUGGGUCUCUUGUGGGUACCUGAAUCUUACCGACGCCGAGGCUGCCACCAUUCGCCAGGACCCCAUUAUCAGAUUCAUCGAGCCAAACACUGAAGAUGAUGGCGAGCUGCGCGUCAUCCCCCCGCAAGCCGAUCCUAGUUCACUACUUCCGAGUUCACUUCAUGUCAAAGCUCAGGCACUCAACCAGAGGGAUGAUAGUGCAGCUCAUCUCAAGUUGCUAUCAGCCAGGAACCAGAGAAACGACCCCACAAAGCUACCGAAUUAUGUGUUCGAGCCUUCACUCGGAAAAGGUCAAACAAUCUACGUCCUCGAUAGCGGCUAUCGUAAGACUCAUCAGGAAUUUGAUGCUUCGGAGCGCGAGGUUCGGGAUCAUACCGUUCCCAACCUAUUAACGUUCUUUGGAUUGCAACUCACGGACGAGCAACAAGGACCAGAGGAUAUGUAUGAUAUCACUGGUCACGGUACUAUGGUUGCGAGCAUCGCAGCCGGAUACGUCAGUGGUGUGGCUUCGAAAGCAAAUCUUGUUGUCGUGAAGAUAAAGAACCGGGCCAAGAACCCUUUGAAGCCUGAUGACGAAAAACUCCUUCCACGCGGCGUUAUGGACAUAGCAUUAGAAGAGGCCUUCCAAUGGACACUGGUGGAUAUCAAGUACGAAAAGCUCAAAAAUCCCGAUCCCAAUGCAAGGUAUAUCAUCAACCUGUCGUAUGGAUGGAUCAAGGAAUCAAGCCCCGGUAAGAUUGCAGUUCUAGAAAAUGCACUUGCGGAAUUCAAGAAAGAAGGUGUCACGCUUGUUAUCGCCGCGGGUAAUGAGGGAGAGCAUCGCACUCUGGAUUCCCUCAUACCGCAAACCUAUGGCACCGACGAUAGGUUUGAAAUGAUCACUGUGGGUGGCGUGGACCAGACCGGGAAGUAUUACGCACAGACAGUCCAAGGCAAGGGCCAAGGCGGCCAAGUCGAUGUAUACGCCGACGCGGUUCAAGUUAUUGCUGCGAAGCAUGAUGACAAAGAUUCUAAGGAUGACUCCACUGCGCCAGUUGAUGGAACUUCCGCUGCGGCACCAGCCAUAGCCGGGCUCGCUGCAUAUCUCUUCAGCAUCCCGGGACUAAGCAGCAACUGGGGCGACGACACCGCACCGGCAGACAUGAAGAAGUUCAUGUUGAAGAACUCUGAAGUCAGGAACGACAAUCCGUUCAAAGAAGGCGAGAGAUAUCCUACAUCGCCAAAGCCCGACAAGGACAGCCUCAAAGUACCAUACAAUCUAGCGCAGAAUACACUAUGCGAUCUUCCUGAUGCGGCGGUCAAGCGUUCUCUCUUCACAAAGCGAGCCCCAACACCCGAGAAGUCGGUUCCAGGCCGCCCGAUCAUCGAGGGUGGCGAGGUCGUCAAUGAAGAUCUGAAGAAUGAAGUUUGCAACGUCCACAAUCGCCCCGCUCCCGAAACCGAGCCAGAACCCGAGCCAGCACCAGAAGCACCGGCACCACCCCCAAACACUGCGGCCUGCAAGGUUCUCAAUCAAGGCCUUGGCGGCGGGAAAUGGGAGGUCACUGGAUCUGGUUGGGGUGACGAAGCUUCGCUCAAGGAUAAGUUUGGUGACGAUGAGUUCAGCUACACGGGUGGGGAUUCUUUCACGGCUAAGUUCGUGAGUGUUAUGAAGGCGGGUGAGGUUGAGAAGGUUGUGAGGGAGAUGUCAGGGCUUGGCGAUGUUACUUGUACUUUGGGAUGA